GUUCUGUCACUCAGGCUGGAGUACAGGGGCACAAUCAAAGCUCACUGCAGCCUUGAACUCCUGGGCUUAAGGGAUCCUCCCACAUCAGCAUCCCUAGUAGCUGAGACAAGAGGCACAUGCCACCACACCUCGCUAUACUUUGAUUAUUAACAAGUUCAAUCUUCUGGAAGUACACAUAAUUUUUCCAACAAAAUUGAUUGACUACCUGGUAAGUGUCACUGGAGGAAGCAUGCUAGGCAUGGGAGACAAAAUGUCAAUGAGAAACCGUACUGUCUCAGGGCUUUCUUGCUGUAGAGCUCCAGGGGCACCAAUUACACACCAUAGUCUGCAUACUUGGACCUGUGCCAAGCAACCUGUGUGGCCAAAAGUGUGGGCCCUGAUGUACCCCUUACCUUAAACAGCCACAAAUUAAAUGAUUUUAUGUACCAAAAAUAAAUGUGCUGUGUCUAUGCAUGUGACUUGAAGGAUGAGCAUGUGUUUAACAUUACCCCAUCCUAUCUUUAGAUUCAGGGCCAUCUGAUUUUACAAACUGCCGUGGAAAUUUUAAUGAAGCAUAGGGGUAGCACAAGGAUGUGUUCUUUCAAAGAAUCACAUUCAACCUCCCCAACCAGAGCACUAUCCUUUCAGAAAUGGCAGCUUUGUAGUAAUACUCUGAACUCAUAGCUGUACUUAUGCACAGUUUUCCUUCCUUCUCCAUGCUGUUCUAGAAUGGAGAGCGGGGACAGACCCCACACCCUCAGUGAUGGGAGCCGAAUGCCGGAGACCUGUGCACCUACUCUUCCCCCCUUUUCUCUUUUUUGUUUGCUGCUUCCCCCAAUAAUCUUUCACAAUUUGAACAACAUCGUAGGAGGUUUCUAGUGGAUCCAUAUACUGUACUUUUAAAACAACAUUGUAUCUUCCUGAUUCACAGGUGCAGAGGGAAAAAAACCAUACCAAAACAAACCCCUACACAUUCAAAAUAAUCUGCAAGGAAAGCCUGCAUUGAAAAUCAUGUUGCCGUAUAAUUACCCUGUUUACAAUCUCUCAUAUGUCUUUUCUCAGAAAAAAAGGCAGAUUUGGAAACAAAGCAGGAAGAAGAUGCCAGAAAACCCUGGCAAGGCUCUGACCACUGCCUGCUUAGGAAUGGCCACAGAGGGAGAGAAAUGUGUUUACAAUUAGGACGACCCAGAGCAGGUCCGAUUACAUCUGUACACAGCCACACUGAAGAGAUUUCCAGAGUGAACUUAUCGUGUGGGCCUAAGUGGAUAAAAGGCAACUUAGGCUGGAGCCAGUACAAGAAAAUAAAUGGGGCCUCCCACCUUCCACUCUCGAUCUGCCCUUUUCUGGGCUCACUCUUAGCUCUUGAAUGAAGAUGUACAAAAUCAUCAUGAUUUGGGGCUCUCUUAUGUUAUAGUUUACAAGAUUUUCAUGCAUUUUUCAGCAACAGACCAAAAAAAGAGAAAUAAAACGAGUGUUAUGAAGUGGUUUCCAUGCUGACUAUGAUUUUCAGAAUGAACAGUUGAUGUUAAGGAGAUCCAGCAAGACCCUGAAGCAGCUCAGGAUCCUACUUCUCUCCGUCCAGGGACAGUAUUCACACUUUGCUUCCAGGCUCUUAACACAUCCCUCUAAUAAUUUCACACUGAUAUGGCAGGACAAUUAGCUUAACCCACUCUCAAAAACAAAGCAAGUUCUUGGUGAAGAACUAAAGAAAUUAAGGUUUCUCUCUAUUGCUACAGUGUUCUAACACAAAAAUAUUCCAUCAAGGCGGCGCGGCUCAGGCGUCGGAGCGGGCGAAUGCGGGCGCCGCCGCCUCCUCCUCCACGGCUGUUUACCCGGCUGCAUUGUGGGAGUUUGACCUCCGCUGCCGCCAACCGCCGCCUCAGCUUGCGCCGCCGCUGCCGCCGCCGCCGCGCACGCCAUGGGAGCCGUGACUGACGAGGAAGUCAUACGGAAGCGUCUCCUCAUUGAUGGAGAUGGUGCUGGAGAUGAUCGGAGAAUUAAUCUGCUAGUGAAGAGUUUCAUUAAAUGGUGCAACUCUGGGUCCCAGGAAGGAUAUAGCCAGUACCAGCGUAUGCUGAACACACUGUCUCAAUGUGAAUUUUCAAUGGGCAAAACUUUACUAGUAUAUGAUAUGAAUCUCAGAGAAAUGGAAAAUUAUGAAACAAUUUACAAGGAAAUAGAAUGUAGCAUUGCUGGAGCACAUGAAAAAAUUGCUGAGUGCAAAAAGCAAAUUCUUCAAGCAAAACGAAUACGAAAAAAUCGCCAAGAAUAUGAUGCUUUGGCACAAGUGAUCCAGCAUUAUCCAGACAGGCAUGAGACAUUAAAGGAACUAGAAGCUCUGGGAAAAGAAUUAGAGCAUCUUUCACAUAUUAAAGAAAGUGUCGAAGAUAAGCUGGAAUUGAGACGGAAACAGUUUCACGUUCUUCUUAGUACCAUCCAUGAACUUCAGCAAACAUUGGAAAAUGAUGAAAAACUCUCAGAGGUAGAAGCAGCUCAGGACGCAAGCAUGGAAACAGAUCCUAAGCCAUAGAUAGGCUAAUUGCCCACCAUUCCCAGGAAUAUUGAAAUAGCUGCAUGAACAUAAUGUGUUUAAAAUGUGGUGUGCUCUUGAGAUAUUUAAAGUUUUGGCAGUACAAUACGCUGUUUUGAAAUAUGAAUGUACAUUUCAUUCAUAUUUCCUUACACAAAGGAAAAUGACUUUAGUAUAGAUUUUUUUAUUAAAAGGCAUUUUUUAUUCUUAAAAGGUAGGAAGCCACAUCGAAAUAUGCUUAAUAAAAUGCUUUUAAGCUG